GGCACCAUUCCGCGGACAUUCUACUGAAGGGGUUGACUCCUAUACUUCUAAUUCCGGGUACUUACUGGAUUCUCUUUGAUUCGGGUGAGAAACGAUGGCCAUAGCCAAACAAAUCCGUCGAGUGGCCGUCAUUGGUGCGGGGCCAUCGGGUCUUGCUGCAGUUAAAUAUCUCCUAUCUGAGAAAUACUUUGACAAGAUAAAUGUCUUUGAAAAGAGAAGCUCCGCCGGUGGGGUGUGGAACUACUGUCCCGGAGCCUUGAAGGAGUCCUCGUCAAUCCCAGUACCCCAGGUGAAUCCAAAUGAGCCGUGUGAGGAGCCAAUUUGGUAUCCAGCGGGAGAAUCCAAGGCAAAGCAAACGCCAAUGUUUGUCUCUCCGGUUUAUGAUACUCUGGAUACGAAUCUGCCCAAAGAGCUGAUGGCAUAUAGCGAGAAGCCAUUUCCACCCGAUGUGCAGGAUCUUCCCAGACAUUUCACGGUGAAGAAAUAUCUCGACGAAUAUGCUGAGGAUGUCAAGAAAUUGAUUCGGUUUGAGACUCGGGUCGUGGAUGUCCGAAUGAGUAGCACAGAGGCGGAUGAGUGGUCAGUAACAGCAGAAAACUUGCGGACAGGGACGAAGACAGUCGACUCGUACGAUGCGGUGGUGGUCGCAAGUGGGCACUUCGACGUCCCCUAUCUACCUGAUAUACCAGGUCUACAUGAUUGGAAUGACGCCUACCCCGGCGUAAUCUCGCACUCCAAGUUUUUCGAUUCUCCAAGACCCUUCCGUAAUAAGAAGGUUAUAGUCGUCGGUAGCUCCGCAUCAGGUCUGGAUAUUGGCAACCAGAUCAAUGAGCUAAGCAAAGGGAAAGUGUUGGCAUCGCAACGAACAGACCUUUAUUUGUCGCCUACUGCCACAGACAAGGCUUAUUUUCCCGAAAUCGUCGAAUUCCUCCCUCCCGCGAGUCAUGAAAGAGCUGUCCGGUUCGCAGAUGGUAGGGUUGAAAAGGACAUUGACGCAAUCGUCUUCUGCACGGGUUUCUUUUACUCGUUUCCUUUUCUAUCAUCGCUCGAUCCACCUGUCAUUACCAACGGCCGCAGGGUGAGAAACACCUACCAGCAUCUUUUCUACCUCUACAACCCCACACUGGUGUUGCCUGUUCUACCACAGCGGAUUAUCCCAUUUCCACUCUCUGAAAACCAAGCGGCGGUAUUCUCGCGUGUUUGGUCUGGUCGUCUCAGUCUUCCAUCUACAGCUGAAAUGGAAACCUGGGAAGCUUCAACGGUAGCACAAAAGGGGGACGACAAUGGCUUUCACCUCAUGCCCUUUCCCCUGGACGCGGAAUAUAUGAAUAUGUUUCAUGACUGGGCAUCUUCUGCGAACCCACGUUCUCAUCUCGAAAAUAACGGCAACGGCAAGCAAUGCAAUUUCUGGGGGGAGAAGGAAAGGUGGAUCCGACAAUUGUGCCCAGAGAUCAGAAAGGACUUUACGAUGAGAGGUGAAGAGCGUCGCUCUAUCAAAAGCCUUGAACAGCUUGGGUACAGGUUUGAGGAAGGGAAGAAAUGAGCAACAACAUGGUCCAUAAGAUAGAAAUCCUGUUAGCGAUAUCAAAAGAGCAGAUGUCUAGAGGUUGUUUUUUUCCGGGCAUAUUUGGGGGAAGUAAAUAUAUAUCUUGGGAUACGCAGUGCGGACAUGAUUCUAUAGACCAACAAGAACCCAUCCU